UCCUCUCUCUCUCUUCCCUUGUCGGCUUUAGGUUUCUUCUCCGGCAGGUCUUUUGGAACCCAAUUAACUCCGGGAAGCAUAACGGUGACCGACUUACUCAUUCCCCUUGCUCCCUCCAAGUCCAACUCAAUGAGAAAAUGCUCCUUAUUUUAAACGUGUUAAAGAUCCCAUACCCAACAAGCUAAGUUUCCUCCUUCUCUCGCAUUGGUUUCUCACCCUCGCCGCCAUGUCAAGAUUUUUUAUCUUUAGAAUAGUUGAAAAGCACAAGCAAUCUCUUUUAUCGAAUCAGAAAGAGAGAGUGUCUCAAUGGGGAAGCUAUACUGUUUCUCUAAGAUCGCCUCAGUUCAGAUUUCACACUUCCUCCUCUAGGAUUCCGAGUAAAGGAAUAAGCUUUUUGAGUAAUCACCUGUCCCGGCGGCGUUGUUGUUCUUCUAGUGUCUCUGCGAGAAAUGUAGUUACACAUCACGCUCAAGUCGCUUGGAACAGGCUUCACCGUAACUACUCUGUUGUCCGCCAAUGGAACUUACCUCGCAUCAACACCAUCGCUCAAGCCUUCUGCUUGUCUCUCACCCGUUCACACCUCUUAAUACCCGGCAUCGUCGCCGUCACUUGUGGAAAGCUAGCGUGGGCGUCGCAGAGAGCUCCCUUAGAUCCUUAUCCUUCGCAUAAAUCUCUCUACACAAGGGCAAAGAACGGUCCUAUCUUCCUGACUUCGCUGUUGUUUUCGGUUAUAGAGGGUUUUGUUUUGAUAGGGAGAGCUUUUUACAUAGCUUGUCUGUUUACUCCUAGUGUCCUGAUGGGACUGGUUGUUGAACUAUGCGGGCCACGUUUUAGGAAACUAUGGCUUGAGAUGGUUCAUCGAACUCUCGAACGAGCAGGUCCUGCUUUCAUCAAAUGGGGUCAAUGGGCAGCUACUAGACCAGAUCUCUUCCCUCAAGAUCUCUGCUCACAGCUCUCUAAGCUUCACAGUGACGCUCCUCAGCAUAGCUUUGCGUACACUAAGAAGACUAUAGAGAAGGCGUUCGGACGCAAGCUCUCCGAGAUAUUCGAGGAGUUUGAAGAGGCGCCGCUGGCGUCAGGGAGCAUUGCGCAGGUGCAUAGAGCUUCCUUGAGGUUUCAGUAUCCAGGGCAAAAGUCUAAGUCUUCCUUGGUUGCUGUUAAAGUCAGACAUCCAGGCGUUGGCGAGUCUAUAAGGAGAGACUUUGUGAUCAUCAAUUUCGUGGCGAAGAUAUCUACUUUGAUCCCGGCUUUGAAGUGGUUGAGACUGGACGAGAGCGUGCAGCAGUUCGGUGUCUUCAUGCUGUCUCAAGUCGAUCUCGCGAGGGAGGCUUCUCAUUUGAGUAGGUUCAUAUACAACUUCAGGAGAUGGAAAGAUGUUUCGUUCCCUAAACCUGUGUAUCCGCUUGUCCACCCUGCUGUUCUGGUGGAGACGUACGAGCACGGAGAGAGCGUGGCGCGUUAUGUUGAUGGCAUGGAUGGACACGAGUGGAUCAAGACUAGGUUGGCUCAUAUCGGGACUCAUGCUCUCUUGAAGAUGCUCCUGGUUGAUAACUUUAUUCACGCUGACAUGCAUCCGGGGAAUAUUCUUGUCCGGAAAAAGGCAUCUCGUGGAGGUCUUUUCAAGACAAAGAAGCCGCACAUCGUUUUCCUUGACGUGGGGAUGACUGCAGAGCUCUCAAAGAACGACAGAGAGAACUUACUUGAUUUUUUCAAGGCGGUUGCGCUUAGGGAUGGGAGGACUGCUGCUGAGCGAACUCUUAAGUUGUCAAGAAAGCAAAACUGUCCCAAUCCAGAGGCUUUUAUUGAGGAAGUAGAAGAAGCAUUCAAGUUCUGGGGAACCGCUGAGGGAGACUUAGUACAUCCAGCAGAUUGCAUGCACGAAUUACUUGAGAAAGUAAGGCGCCAUAGAGUUAACAUUGACGGGAAUGUGUGCACUGUGAUGGUGACAACACUAGUUCUCGAGGGUUGGCAACGGAAACUUGAUCCAGGAUAUGAUGUGAUGCACACACUGCAAACAAUGGUGCUGAAAACCGACUGGGCUAAGUCUCUUUCUUACACGGUGGAUGGUCUGAUGGCGCCGUAGGAGAAGAAAAAGGUUUCAAUCUUUUUCAAAAUGUUGUUUUGUCAAUCAUAAUAGGAGUUGACAGAUUUUUUUCACAUCUUAGCUGAGAGGAACAUAGAAAGAAAGUAACAUGUUCUUUGUUUAUUUUUCAUUCUUUUUAUCUCCUUUUUUUUGCCUUAUCUGUUAGUAUGGAUUUUGGUUCAUUUUAACUCCCUCAUAGAUUGUACUUACGCGGUUGGUGUCCUGUAUUAACCCCGCUUGUUUGUUCUCUGAACCGAAGAACAGUGUGAACACAAAACAAUGAUAAGGACUGCCUGAGAAUGAUCCAGAGAAUUUGAAUAAAAUGUUCACGUUCAUGUA